AGCAACUGAGGCGGAACCUGGGCGGAACACUGUUGACACCAGACAAACCAUUGUACAGUUUCCUAAGGCGACACACAGACGCUUUCAGCUAGAAAAGCACUUGUGAAAAGGUUUUGUGAAUGCUCCUCUAAAGGGGCCCUGCCAAGGACCAAUGCUGUGGGUGUAGACGUGUCUGCGGGGGUCAGUCUGCCGUGCAUCGUCUGGUGAAUGCAGCAGAAUGCAGCAGAUCGGCCCUUAGGUUGAGGCCGGUCUGAUUGUCGUUGACAGCAAUCUCCUGAAGCGAGUAGGCCUCCUGCUGCUUAUGGCACACCCUCAACGCGUGAUCAUUGAUUGAGAUAGCUUAUUGUAGCUCUGUGUGCAGUCCCAAGUCUGCCUUGUUAACCAGAAGUCACUCAUCUGCAUCAAGUUUGUAUCAAGAGAGUACCUAGUAUCGUAGCCUUUCCGGAGCAACAUCCUAACAUCAAUGAAAAUUUUGGUCUAGAUUGCUCGUUGGAUUUCUGGGAGAACAUAGUCAACUCCAGAUAAAACUGAAAAGAGGGGAUUGGUAAUUGGAAUAGGCUGUAUGGUCUACAAGUUCUGAGCUCUUCUGCUUGAACAUGGCAAACGUGAAAGUGGUGACGGGAGCCCCAGCUCCAGACGGGAGGGGCACUUGCACUCUGUCUGAAAGCAUCGACAUACCUGAGGAGUUUCUGUGGAAAGCCUUGGUUAACAAGGUUUACCACUUUUACGAGUAUUUUCGUAUCUCUGAGUUCAAGCGGGAGGAGCUUCCCGACGGCUGGGUGUAUCGCAAGAUGGUCGUGCAUGAUGACGAGCGGCUGCCGGGGUGGGGCCCCCACAAAUUUGUCGAGCGCAUCAAAGCGGACAAAGAGACAGGCGUGGUUGAGUUUGUGGACCUGGACCACGAGACGGAGGAGCCGACGGGCAGGAAGCGGCUCAACAUCAUGCACCGCGGUCCCCUACGCGUCGAGUACUCUUCGCUGAGCGCCGAGGGAGUCAAGACCCCGCUCAGCAACGGCAAGCCGAUCAGCCAGCAGAUCGAGGAGGCGUACGAGGCGUGGCAGAAGAGCCUCAAGAAAAACGGCCAGUCCACUCCGGAACAGGGGGGUGCCCAAGACUCGACCGCAGCCACAGACGAACCCCCCCAAAAGCGGCCACGAGUGGACGCGCCCGUUGCGGUUGAAAAGCCCGUAGAAGACAAAGCAAGCGAGGACGAGCCUCCCUCUAAAUCAGGCGACCAGAAAGCGUAGAAUGGCACAUCCGGACUGGUGGUCUCCUCCAAUUGUCGCCGGUCCUCACCUCCCGUACUUAUUGCUGUUGGCCCGCGUUUGUAAAGUUUGAUGCCGUAAGGAAGUUUAGGAAAGGAGUUCUGAGCUAGCUUUACUUUUGAGUGGAGCAGAGAUCUUGUGGGGUUUUCAUAAGCUUACAAAGCUCGCUUCAGUCUAGACGGGCCUGGCUACAGCGGGACGGUGAGAUUAGCAAGCGGAGCGCCCGAGGGAAAAGGAAGCGCGCCCUACACGCAGCCAAGCUGUAUUACGAACGGUUUUUUUUGUAAGCACUUACCACCGGCAGUCUAGCGCCAAUAUCAAGUUCAAGAGCAUCAAGUUGAAUAUACGGUGUCACCAGAAGAUGAUUUGCCUACAUCAGCUAGAGCCUGCACUAGCAAGCGGCCGCAAUACUCCAGAGCAGUAAAAAGCACGCACGAUCAAAGCUGCCAGGACCCUACCGUCGAGCAGGACGCUUUUAUUGUACCGUGUAGUUGAUGAGCCGGGUUCGAAUGAUCAAAAGAUAGGUAUAUUGCUCGUCUUCAAGGUCAGAGAUCCUCCAGGCUCCUGGUCGCAUAUACACAGCUGCUAAGCAUGACUUCAGGUUUUCAAAAGCUUGUUUGAUUGUCAUGACAAACCGCACCUGGUGUCAACUCGCAUUAGCUUAAGCCUAUCGGUAGCCAGGUUGGGGGCCAGAAUUAUUGUUGCGCAGUAAUUGGUGAUAUGGUUUUUAGGGGGUCCAUUUGAUCAUCAUAUGGGACCUGCUGUAUUCAUUCACGCUACGGCUAAUUGGACGCUACCCAUGCUGAACCGGACUCUUUGACCAAGUCUGAAGCAUUGAAAUUCGGG